AUGGCACAAGAGGUUGCCGCCCAAGGAACUCUUGUUAGCAGGAAUGAGCUGCUUGGCUUAGCUGAUAACCAGCGCUACCAGAUUGAGCAGUACGAGAAGAUCGUGCGCUUGCGGGAUGCCAUUCUUUCUGGUCAACAUCCGACCAUCAAACCUUCUAACCUCAAUGCAUCUACAAACUCUUCUUCUGCUCGACCGAUAGAUAUCUCGAGUUCACAUGGCGCGUCAAACAAUCAAUCAGACAAGCGACAGCAGGUUGGCGUUUCUGCCCCUGCUUCCAGUAGCAGCGCAAAGAACACCAAACCGUACGGAACGGGGUCGACCAAGAUCGACCCCAUCUUUCUAGAGAAAUCUGACGACCUGGUUAAAGCAGAGUUGCGAUUGCAGAGACAAAAGCUGGAACGUGUUUUGAAAGAUGAGGUUGAGCAAAAAAAGGCUACUACCAAGAGCGCAGUUCAAGGAGAACCUGUUGUUGAAUUCGAUCUUAGUCAGGUUUUGUCCGAAGCCUUGACACGCGUUCAGAGUACCACGGUGCCUGACACUACUGUUUCUGCUGCUGAUGCUACUAACCUCGAUAAUGCAAGUGACUCUUUCGAUGACAACACUUUCUACUCGUCUCAGCACAAUACGCCAUCCUCCGUUCUGACUUCCCGCGUUCGUAACGAAUCCGAAGAGGCACAGGUACCAGCUUCGGAGCCGCGACCGCCGAUGAACUACCACAGCAAUGCCAUUUUGCAAAACCGACCGACUGAUACUGAACAAAUUCAUCCUGAAGCGCGGAACCGUCCACAGCCUCAACCAUAUUCGAAUCCAGCAACCUUCGCUGGUAGCUUUGGCGCCGACAGUACCACACGGCCUGGGCAGGUUCCGGGCCUUACGGCUUAUAUUGAAGACAAGACCGGUCCUAGGCAGGAUGCAAGUGCUGGACAAACUCUGAGUAAUCUGGAUAUUGAUAGGCAUAGGGGCAAUUAUGGAUCUGCUCAGCAGCCGCCCCGUGAACAGUAUAUUGACAGCCGUCCCCCCUCUCCGCUGAGGAGAAUCAACGUCAGGUCGUCUCACGAUGCCCACACUUCGCCAUUAGCGAAUGCCAGACGACGGCCCCUGGCUCCUGAAGCCACCUCAGCUUCGUCCACGGGUACUCCCGCCCAAAUUGCUGCUCUCAGAAAUGAACCAAUUGCUGUGACCAGUCCUGAAAGUUCGCCUCAAGGUGGACCAGCUUCAGAAAAAGAAAAGAGGAAGACAAAGAAGAAAAAGAGAAAGGCUGACAGGCAAGCACCAGAGGCUGAACCAACCCCUUAUAUCAAGCCAGAACCCCGUUCCCCAUCUCCCUUGAAUGCUCCAUCCUACAUCCGCCCAAAUAAGCGUCAAAGGUACACUCAACAGCAACCAGAUGAACCUGGCUACGAAGAAAUUCGUUACGAGCCACGCCCUGCUCAAUAUCUACCAGAGCUUCCACACAUUCGCCAAGAGAGAGAUGACCGAAUGCCAAUAAGUUAUGAAAGAGUAGGCUUUCCUUCCCAACGUGCAGCAAGCACUGCUGUUCCCGGAGGUACUGUCUACAGGCGAGAGUAUGCCGACGAUCGAUAUGUUCAAGGAGGAUCAUAUGCUGUUGAGCAGUCUCCGCUUGUUCCAGCUCACCAUCAGAGACAGUCAGUUGGCGGAACGGCCGGUCCUCAAGUUCGUCCCCAUGACACUUAUCAACAACGCCCAUCGUGGCCCUACUCGGGAGGGCAUGAAGCGUCUCCGUCCGCGUUAAGGGGAGAAGGCGACGUAUUUAUGACACCUCAUCGACCGCCGCCUACUCGGAUCAUCGUAGAUGCCUACGGGCGUGAGUAUAUCGAGCCACCUCGUCCGACCAUUAUUCGGCAGUCCGCUGCGCCCCAUGCUCGAUCUGGGGAACCUGAGGUCAUUUACGAACGGGCGCCGCCUCGAAGGCCUCAAGGGGCGGAGACAUAUGAUGAAGGUGGUGCAGUCUAUCGCAGACGGUCACCGUCGUAUAUGCCUAGACGAGUUGUUACACAGCCCGAGUACAUCUCGCAAGAUUAUAGAGAUCAGCGGCUGCAUGAACAGCCGUCACGGCCAUUGGGCCACCCAGGGGAAUUUGUUGAAGUGAUGGCACCUCCAGAGCGGCGUCGUUUGGAAGACGGGACGAGGGAAUACAUUACAAGGCCGCCCAGUGUGCGACCUGCGGAGCCUGUCCGCUAUGAAGUCGCCCGGGACUAUGGACGACUGCAGAGUGUGCGACCCGAGGUACCCGUACGUCAAUAUGCGCCCAGUGUCCACCCGGAGAACCGCCGCGAGGCCGCACAGCCGUACGGGCGAGAAUACGGUGCCUUGCCUGUGGAACAAGGGGUUGUCAGACAAGAGUACAGCACGCGGCCUGUGGAGCGGUACUACAAUCAACAGAUGCGAGGUGGAGAGGAGAUUGCUUUUAUUGAGCAACCGCGUGGAGCAACUCAAGAGAUUGUCUAUGCUGAUGAUGCGAGGAGGGAGGUUUACCGCUGA